AUGUCUUUAAUAGAUGCGAUGAAUAUUCAAACAUCAAGACAAACUAAAAAUAAUGAGUUACCUGAGAAUUGGUUCGAACCAUCUGAACCUCAAGAUGAUUUUGAUCAGCAGGAAGUUAAACAGAAAUUGCUUAAAUAUGAAUUGGAAAAUGAAAGAUUGAACAAAAUAACUAACGAUAAAGAAUUGGAUGACAUGAUAAAUGAAAGAUUGAACGAAAUAGUGGACGAUAAAGUAUUGGAUAAUAUAGUGAAUGAAAGAUUAAAUGAGCAGUUAAGUGAAAGGAUAAAUGAGCAAUUAGAUAAAAGGUUAAGCGUAAGGAUAACUGAAAAAGAAAAUACUGUGAUAAACAUAUCUGAUGAAGAAAACGCUUUAAAUAAAUUAUCUGAAGAUGAAGGUAUUAGUAGAAGCUUGCCCAAUGAUGAAGUAAUUAGUAGAAACUUACCCAAAGAUAGAGUUGUUUAUAGAAGUUUGCCCGAAGAUAGAACUGCUAGCAAAAGGUUACCUGAAAAUUUUUCUGACAUUCGUCCAAAUAAAAGGCAUAAACCUUCUGUUUUGACGGCUACCACCAUGAGCACUAAUACUCAGAUAAUUGCAU